CUUGUAUAUAAGCAAGAGAAAGUCUGGCGUCUGGGUUCCAAAUCUCCUUCGUUUCCUCAUCCCACUCAAACAUCUUUCAGUCUAAUCUCAUUCAGUCAUUCUCUCCAGAGCUGUGCUCGUUGUUCGCUUCACUCCUUCCUUAUCCAACUUCUUGAACAUAUUGAGCUGUGCUCUUUAUUCCAUAUAAACUAUUUUUUAAUUUCGUCCCUCCACGAUCUUUUUUCA